GGAAAUAUGUUGGGCAUUGAAUAUUGAGUGGUUUAUUGGUUUCAGUCGCUACUCGGGACUAGGAUGUCCACAAAUACUCCGUCUAGCGACUUAUUUUCAACUUUUUACGAGGAGGUGAAGGCUAUUGAAAAGAGAGAUUCUGUCUUAACACCGAAACAACAAAUAGACAGACUCAAUCGACCUGGUUCGACUUACUUCAAUCUAAAUCCAUAUGAUGUAGGCUCAAUUUAACCGUUUUCGUUCAAACGUCUUCCUAGGUGUUACAAGUUGAUCCUGAUACCCCAAUGGCUGACAUCAAAAAGAAGUACAGACAGUUGUCACUGCUAGUUCACCCUGAUAAAAAUCCUGACGAUACUGAACGGUCUCAGAAAGCUUUUGAAGCUGUAAACAAAGCGUAUAAAGCUUUAGAUGACCCGGAAACCUGUCGCAAGUGCAAAGAAGUGGUUGAAGAAGCUAAAGAACUAGUUGAACAGAUGAUGAUUGAAAAAAGAAAACGCCUGAAAAAGUCAGGUGGUCCUACCACAAUCGAUGAGGAUGAUCCAGACAAGCAUCGACACGCCAUUUAUGUACAAACAUGCAAGUUGUUUGCAGACCUCGAAAGAUUGAGAGUAGAAGAAGAAUUAAAACAGUCAUCUGAUAGAAAGCGUAAGGCUGAACAAGAAGCCGAAGAGAAGAAACUCGUGGAAUAUGAUAAGAUAUGGAGGAAGAACUAUGAAGAAAGUCGUAGUAAUCGUGUUGCAAGUUGGCGGGAUUUUAAAGAGAAGAAAUCGAAAACAUCGAAGGGUAUUGGCGGGUUGAGACCUCCUAAAACAAAGAUGGAACAGCGGCCAAUGUAAAACAAUCGAAAUUGUAUUUUCGUCCUUCUCAAGAAAUGGACCUUCUGUAAAAAAAAGAUUCCUUCCUCCCCUUUUUAUGCAUAUUCACAUUUGCACAUACUUAAUCUGUCUGUAUAUGUUGUAUUUGUGUUUUUUAUCCCAGAAAAAUUAAAGAAAAAGCGACUCAUUUUAUCAUAUCAAAAUUUUGUUGGAGUUUUAUUAUAUAAUAGUUCACAGAAAUGGCGAUAUCAGUCAUUUUAUCGGGUGUCAUUUGAAUUUUCAAAUUCAAUUCUCUUGAUAAUAUAAUAUAAUAUAAUUA